UGACUUGGCCAAUUUUACUUAUCUGCCAUUUUGUAUCUCUACAGCUCGGUCAGAUGAAGUUGGCAGUUAACGAAGAGGGAAAUGAAUAUGUUUGUGAUCACUUCAUUUUUAAAUGUGCACAUUUAAUCCAAGUAUAUAAGAUUUUGAAGUGUUAGGAUAGAUAGUGUAAUUGACGUUCGGCUGGCUGCUGUUCUUGUAAUCCGACAGUUAGCCGUCGUGUCUUCAUCUUGUUUACUUUAACUGUAGCAGCACGGAGCUAAAGUUAACGACGUUAGCACGGAGCUGACGCUAACGACGUUAGCACAGCUUCUCGCUAGCCUGCUAGCAGCUGUCCUAGCGUUAGCUUCCUAACGCUAACUCUGCCUUGUGGCGAAAUGGCGGCCAACACGGCACAAGCAAACCCAACAACUAACUGGUCCUAUGGUGCUGCUGCAGACGGCCAGGUUCAUGAAAACCCAGAAUGGGAGAAAGCAAGACAAGCAUUAGCCUCCAUCAACAAGAGUCAGAGCUCUGCUAAGACUACACAAACCAACCGGACGACAGCAGAGGCUGGUCAGUUUCAGCCAGCAGUGACUGACUCUGCUGCCAUUCAGCAGCAGCAGCAGCAACAGCAGCAGCAAUACUAUCAGUGGUACCAGCAAAAUCCGCAGCAGUAUCCUGGUUACACAUACCCCUAUAACUACUACUACCCAAUGGGUCCAUAUGGAGCUGCAUAUCCACCAAAUCAGUAUGGUGCACCUCCAGGGCCUUACCCAGGAACUCCAACCUCUAAUGGACAGCCUCCCCCAGUGCCUGGAAUGGAAGACCAGUCCCCCAGCUAUCCUUCCCAACCACAACCUCCCCCUCCUGCUACUUCCCAGCCCCCUCAGAGCCCAACCACCUCAGAUAAACCCCCUCCUCCUCCACCCCCAACCAUCCCUCCCCCACCCAACUCCCAGUACCCCCCUCCUCCAUCACAAAAUGCUUACAAUACCAACAGUUCCAUGCCAUAUCCACCUGGUGACCCCAGCCAAAUGCAAGUUUACAAUCAUUCCCAGGGAAGGCCUAACUAUGGACAGGGUUUCCAGGCCCAGAACAGCUACCAGCCUUCACAGAAUACCUCCCAACAACAACCAGGCCAGUAUGUACCAGGACUAGGCAGGGGAGAGGCCAACAAAAACAAAAACCAAAAGCAAGGACAGCAACUCUGGCAUCGAAUGAAACAGGCACCUGGGACCGCUGCUGUGAAGUUCAAUAUUUCCAAGAGGCCCUAUCAGGUUCAGUGCUCUGCAAUUUCCAAUCAGGCUUUCCCUACCGGCGAGCAGCCCUCAGGACUGAAUCCAACUCCAUCAUCUCCUGCUACUGCCAGUGCUGCAUCUGGAGGUGCUCAGACACGACCCCAGGACUGGCCCCAAGCCAUGAAGGAAUACGUGCAGCGCUGUUUUACAGCCUGUGAGACAGAGGAAGACAAAGAUCGCACAGAGAAGGUACUGAAGGAAGUUCUGCAGGACCGGCUAAAGGAUGGCUCAGCUUACACCAUUGAUUGGAACCGUGAACCAUUGCCAGAACUGAAGGUCAAACAGUCUCGUUGGGAAGCUGUACCACUACAGAGGUCAGGAGAUGGCUCAAUCAGCCGUGGUGGGAGUACAGCGGCAGCUUCACGAGGCAGAGGUGGUGGACACAGAUUGGGCCACUACAGGAAUAUCUUUUCUCAAAGGAGUCCAUCUUCUAGUUCCUCACGUUCGUCCUCCCGCUCACCAUCCCCCUCCCACAGCAGACACAGGGACCGCAGCAACCAAAGGCACAGACGCAGUGAUUCUGGCUCACAGUCAGACAGCAGCAUCUCCAGUGACCUCCGACCUCAGCUGUCAAGACGAAAUCAGAAAGGGGGACGUGGCCGCGGUAGUGACAGAGAUCGAGGACGUGGAGGAGGAGACAGGGGACGAGGAAGAGGAGGAAAAGCCAACAGAGGGAGACGAAACAUGGAAGAAACCAAUUCAGCUGUUGGAAAGAAGAGGAAAGGUGGCAAUGCUGGUCUGGAUUUCCAUGACCCUAACCGAGAAGCCAAAAAGCAGAGUAGAGCAGCUCGUUUCCACAAGCAGCUUCGCUCAGAGCCCCUUGUCCUGUCUAUAAAUGCCCUCGACCUGCCUGAUGGGACACAGGAGGGCCUCAGCUGGGAGGACUGCCCCAUUGUAGGAACAUGUCAGGACAUCACCAAAUCCUACCUGAGGCUCACCUGCGCCCCUGACCCCUCCACUGUGCGCCCUGUGCAUGUGCUGAGAAAAUCUUUGCAGGCUGUGAAAGCCCACUGGAAAACCCACCAGGACUACGCCUAUGCCUGUGAACAGAUGAAAUCCAUACGACAGGACCUCACGGUCCAGGGAGUUCGUACUGAGUUCACAGUGGAAGUGUACGAGUGUCACGCACGCAUUGCUCUGGAAAAGGGUGAUCAUGAAGAGUUCAAUCAGUGCCAGACUCAGCUGAAGGCCCUGUAUAAGGACAAUCCCUCAGAGAACAUUGGAGAGUUUACAGCAUAUAGAUUGAUGUACUACAUCUUCACUAAAAACUCUGGAGAUCUGACCACUGAGUUGGUGUACCUGACCCCGGCGCUGCGGGCGGACGUGUGUGUGGCUCAUGCUCUUGCACUCCGUGCUGCCUGGGCAUUAGGAAACUAUCACCGUUUCUUUAAGCUGUACCUGGAAGCCCCACGCAUGGCUUCCUACCUCAUUGACAAGUUUAUAGAGAGGGAAAGAAAGGUUGCGCUUCGGGCCAUAGUCAAAACGUUUAGGCCUGACUUGCCGGUGCAGUAUGUGCAGUCCGCUCUUGGCUUCACGUGUUUAGACUCCUGUAUGGCCUUUCUUACUGGGCUAGGUGUCACAUUCUACCCCUCGGACCCCACAAAGAUAGACUGCAAAACCAGCUCAGCCUCUUUGGCUGCCUCUUGAGGGGGUGGAGGGGUAGCACAUUGAAGGGAGAUGCUUAGGGACCAGCACGGAUCCUUGCAUAUUGAAUGCACUGCACUUCAGACACCUCAGCCAGUUCAGAUAGAAUAGUGGCAGGCUAACAACCAUAUAAGACCCAUAUAGACAGUCUUGAAUGCUAGAAAACUUAUCUGCAAGAUGUAGCUUUCAGACUGCAGAUGUAAUUUUCUGAUACUCAGAGAUGAGAGCUGUUUUAAACUUGAGGGAGAAUAUCUGCACACACUGUCACUUAAAUAUUGUAAGUACGCUUAAUGCCCACGUUAUCUAGAUACAUUGUUAUGCCAGAAAAGUGAGUGGACAGUUUAGAUUUGGGAUUAUCAUGUAAUCUCAGCAUUUAGAGGCCAAGAAGUCACAGAACCAGAUCAGGGAGGCGCUCGCCCUCAUGGUUCCUGUUCCAUUACCACCGUCAGAUGUCAAAGCUAACAGUGUUCUGUUAUGUUUUUUCCCCUCCUCAAGUCAACAGCUCCAAGACCUGAAGAUUCAAGCCUUGUCAACCAAAAGAGAAACGCAAACAGCUGUUCAAGUCAUUCAUCCAGCUCUCCUGUUAGAAGUCAAGCCCGUGGAAUCAGGUCAACUUUACAUUUUCUGCUUAAAGACUGUGAGAUCACUCCGUGAAAAGAUGCCAGCAGUUUGUCUGAAAGAAGAGGUUUUGGUUUGUAUGUCCUGCACGCCUGCCCUACACCCUGCUUCCUCAAAGUAUCAACCGCUGGCUGUUCAUCCUGUUCCUUGGCCCCAACCAUAUGGCCCAUGAAGGCAAUGAACUGAAAUCUAAAGUGUGUUUUAAUUAAUAUUGAUCCGUCUUGCCACUCAGUUAUGAAAUGGUUGGCCAGCAUUAGGGAAAAAGUCCAAAUCUGAUGAGCAUUGACUUUCUGUAUGCUAAGAGAUACAGGCAAAUGUUUUUCAUCAAGCUGAUUUCCUCACAUCUCCACACCCUGGAAGCUGAGCUCUAUCUUCAAUCCCAGUGCAGCCUCAUGCAGGGAGGGAAUAUGCCUCAGUCAUCCUCAGGGAGAAGUUCCUGCCAGCACUUGCAAUCCAGCGUGUUCCCGUCAACACGGCAAAGUGCAGCGGUGAAGCACAUCUCAUCAUCCAGGUUGACCGUCGUAAACCUCGCCAGCUGUUAUUUAAAAGGAACAGGGGCAGCUAAGCUGCCAGCUUGAAAUACAGCCGAAGGUGAAUUCUGCGUGACGGCGCAGCAGAGGAACCACGCAGCUUCAACAAGGAAUGUCAGCGUGCGGUUUGUAUGCAACAUCUGGCUCUGGUGUUUGCAAGGCUGGUAAGAGAAAGGGACUUCUCAGGAAGGAGAUGGAUGACGGCACUCCAGAGAUGUUGCCUCACAUUUCCUCUGUGUUAAAUGUUUUAUGUCUUGUGUUUUUCUGGACAGCAGUAUUGGCCUUUCUCUUGACAAAAGGAUAAAUAAUUAUGGAGCUGCACUCUGAUUUUUAUGGGAAUUAACUGUUUAUUAGAAAAUUAAUUAAGUGUCAUAAUAAAUUUGACAAUAUCCUCUGCCAAAAAUGGAGUAUGUAAGAUCCCAGCAAUUUUACUGCACAGAUACACGCUGCUGUCUGAAUGUCAUAUGAUUAAGUAUUUAAAUCAAAACAAAGUUUUAAACUGAUGUAGACAGUAUCUUAAUGAAGAGGGACAUUCAAGCUGAUUGUAGAUUAGUGCUUUUAUGUCCAUCAUUCUGUUAUUUAUGAAAUAUUUUUCAAAAAUGAACACCACAAAUUUUCAGCCUGAUACCAGUAAUGAAAAACAAGAUUGUUUCUUACAGUCAUGGUGGAAUUAGAGUUAGCCCCUGAUGUGGUUUUGGCCCAUUUCAAGAAGUUGGUGUUUUAGUAAUUGGAGUAAUUGUGCUGGUGGUGUAUGCAGUCUUACAUGAUUAUUUUGUCCCUAUUGAUUAGGAAAGGAUCAUUAGAAUACAAAUAGUUAUUAGACAGCAAGUAAAUGUCCAGAAAUGUUGCCCAAACAAACAACCUUUCUCACUGGGAUGACUAUUUUUGUGCUGCUUCUCAUUAUAUGCUAUAAUUGGGUCUUUAUAUAGAACAAAUGUGCUGAAAUUUGAAAAAAGAAACAACAAAAAAAAACAUGUUUAACUACUUUUGUUAAUAAUUUGAUUACAGUUAUUUGAACAGUAUUGAUUACCCCUGUUGAAAUGUUGAGCCUGAGGUAUUUAAGGAUAUGUAAUUGAUGAGGAUGUGAGUGGAUGCAGGCUCGUUGUACAGACUACUUGUUAACUUGUCUACAGAUUAUAUUUUUGUAAAUAUUGUAUGAUACUGCUGUGAUUUCUUUUUCAGUUAGUGUGUAGUUUAGGUUUUUUUGUUCACACACGGGUAAGUGUGUCAUUUUGUUUUUUUCCUCCCCGGGUUUCUCAAAACAAUACAGUUUUGCCUUUCUUUGGACAGGGGAUAGUGAAGAGGCAGACAGGAAACAAGGGGGGGAGAGAUGGGUAUGACAUUCAACAAAGGUCCCUGGCUGGAGUCGAACCAGGGAUGUCGCAGUCGUGUAGCACGUGCAGUAACUGUUAGGCUACCAGGGUGCUCCAAUAACCUUCUGCAAUAGGACAAAACUCCAUCAGCUUGCCGACCUGGUUUAACUAUUUGUUUUGCAAACUGUUCAUUGUUGACAAUUGAUCUCAACAUGUUUUCUUUCUCCCCUCCCCCUUCAUUUACCUCAUCCCCUGUCCUCUUUGCUGCUCCCCCCUCCCCCCCCCUCUCGCUCCUUACAAACCUCCCUCUCACACACCGCUAGACUUCUCAUUCUUCAGCUGGUAGCACAGCUGCACACAGGAGCACAUGGAGUGAUAAGUGGGCGAACCUCCUCAGCUGCCUGCUCCUCCUCCUCCUCCUCCUCAACCUCCAGACGCCAGCCGGAGGGAGUGAAUUGUGAGAAAUCCAAAAGUCUUGGUUUGACCCACUCAAGUUGAAGCCAUACAGCUGAUAAAAUACAUGGGAGCCUCACAUAACGAAAUGUAAAAUGUUGAUCUGCUGCUAAUGUGAUUUGCUGCUAACCCAAAUCUUUGAAAAUGUUUUUUGUUUUUUGUUUUUUUUUUGGUUACAUAAAACUGGUUUAGUUUUAAAACAAUGUUAGAUGAUUCACAAAGUCACCAUGUAUUGAUGUUUUCUGUUUGUCCAGAUGCAUUUGCAUUUUUUUUUAAAGAAUACACCAACAGUUUAGUAUUGAAAUGUUUUUUUUCUGUCACCUAAUUCGAUAAGUUUUGUGAAAUGGAUGGAGCUUCGUGAGUUGCAAUAGAUGCCAGUUAAGAUAGUUUCAUCCCUCAGCAUCUAACAAUGUGUCUGGACAUACAGAACAUAUUGUUAUCCUCAAAAUUCACAUUUACAUUUCUACAUUUAGCUUUUUUUUUUUUCUUUUACUUUAUUUCUUAUUUAGGCAGUUUCCUAUUUGACAAGUGUUGGUGUGUGCUCCCAUGCUACGAAAUUUCCUUUUGGUUUCUUCACGUGUGAUGAGAAUGACUGUGAUGGUUGUUGCCUUUGAUUUGUGUAAAUGGAAGCUUCUUACACAGGGUUAAAGUGUCUCAUCUUUGAAAGAGCCCAGGAUAUUCACCUUGUUGUUGGGUUUUUUCCCCCCCUCUCUCUCUUUUAUAGUAGAAAUUUCACCCCAGACAACUAACAAUACACAUUUUCAGUUUGGAUGUUUGUGUUUUGUUUUUUUUUUCUUCCUCUGAUGCUUGAGUCAUGUUUUCAGUAUUUUUUGCUCCCAUGUACUGUAAACCUCCAUCAGUCUUUGUAACUCCCUCCUCGAUAUUUGACAGUGAAAGAACUCCCAUGUCCCUCACGUCAGCUGUCGUCAUUUCCUGCCAUUUCCCUUUUAACUCUUCUUCAUUUGAAUUUCUCUUUUCUAUCUUUUCACUUUCUCUUUUUACUCUCCCUGCAUGCUCUCCUCUCCCCCUCUCUCGCUCUCCUUCAAUUUUCUAACCAGUAAAUGUUCUCUUCCCACCUUUUUCCUUUCAUGUUGAGUAUGUUUGUGACCGUUUGCCGUGUGCAACUAGUCACUCACUAGUAAGUAUUGUAUUGCAUCUGCAAUGCUUUAAUAGUUUAUGUUGCAGCGAACUAACAACUGCAGCUGAAGGUUUAUCUGCAAUGCCUCACCCUGAUCCCCAUUUCCCCCAUGCCUCUACAGAUCUGAUUCAAAACUGCCAUUUUGUAAAUAUUGUGUACAUAUUAUCUUUUGAAAAAAUUAAUAAAAUUCAAAUAUAAAGGGCA